CCUCCACUCCCAUCACCAAGAUGCCCAACGGAUGCUGCGGCGGUGGCAGUAAUUACUCCGUGUGCUGCUACAGCAGCCCCAAGACCUGCAAGAGGCCCAUGUGCUGCACCCCCAUGCAGUGCUGCAGCCCCUGCUGCACCCCCUGCUGCAUGCCCAUGCAGUCCUGCUGCAUGCCCAUGUCCUGCUGCUACACCAUCAGCAGCAACAACAGCGGCUGCUGCGGUGGCGGCAGCAGCGGCGGCUGCUGCGGCGGCAACUGA